GACCUAAUACCCCACCUACGCUCCAGCUGCUGAUUGGCGUUACGCAGGUAUCCCGCUAUUAUUUAUUACCCAGAGCGUGGACGCCUCACUCAUGCUGACUUGAUCUCGCUGCAGGAUCCAGUCGUUUCCACACCACUCCGAGCGCUCGCAGCUGAGCCGUUCUCCAAAAUAUCUGCUCGACAGAAAACAGGUGGUGCUGGGAAAAUGAGAGGAGGAUUGCUGCUGGUGACUUUGAUCCUCAUCAUGAAACUUCAGUACAGCCGGUGUGGGUGCGAGGAGCCCGGAUCGCGCAGAUCCACUUCAGACCAGACUGCAGGCUUGGACAACAUCAAGCGAAAUAUUCUGAAGAGGUACAGCGACUUGGAUUAUGACAGCUUUGUAGGUCUGAUGGGCAGAAGGAGCGCCGAGGCAAAUGAUGUACCAGCACCACAAAAAAGGGAAAUGCAUGACAUUUUUGUUGGCCUCAUGGGAAGGAGAAACUCAGAGUCUGAUAAUGGCCCCUGGAGGAGAGAGUAUCCAGAGAGGAGAGGCAUUUUCCUCAACAAGUGCAGGCUGAGGUUACUUCAGGGGCUUUAAUCAUCCACAGUUGAAAGGACUUUCAUCCGGCUGCAGUGGCAGAAGAUCACCGGGAGCUGCAGCGAUAACGCCUCGUCUGAUGGAAAAGACUGAAGAGAUCUGAUUCACACCGUACACCCGUCAGAUGGCUCAUGAACGUGAUCAUAAACUAAGCAGAUUGUACUUGUUUUACCUGAAUAUCAAACAUAAUUAGAGGUGAUACAUUCUAUUUCUUUAUCAUGUUAUUCUUUUUUUUUUCCCUCCAAAGCUGAAAAUAAACAUAAUUUUUAUACAUAAUUUAUUCAUGUAAAUGUUGGU